CAGAAUUUCAUUCAACUCAAAAAAGGUGACCACCGUGAGUAUAUCGGUGUCAUCGAGCACCGCCCCGAAUACGCCCGGGAGCUCAACUGAAGAGGUUCGAAGAAAGAAGAAAUUUUCGGUGAGGAUUCGCAUGUCGGCCAUCCACCGGUGAAAUCGAAAUCUUCUUUGCGAGUAUCAGUCGAUCGUGGAUCUGCACGUAUAUGCCGAUACGGGAGUGCAUCUUCAAGUUGAGGAAAAAGUUAAGUGAAGUGACGGAAGAUUAAAGUGGAACCUUCGAAAUGAAUUGGUAUGUCGCGAUCGUACUUUUGUCGGCUUCCUGGAUCAUAUCAGCAGCUCCUACCUCAGAAAAUGGAUCAGAUCAAGUGGUUGAAUCCAACGCGACCUCAAGCAACGUUUCGAUGAAACUGGAUUCGAAAUUGCGAACUGCACUUUUAAAAGCCCUGAGUGACUUGGAAAACGAAGGAAAUAGCGAAAACUCUGAUGACACCGAAGAACGCAAUGUGGAAAGGGCCAAUGCCAGUGCCAUUACUAUCGUGGAGGAUGAUUUCUCCGCCUCUCCGCCAUCUUCAGCAGACACCAAAACAGAAACAGUUUCGAACAAUGAAACUCCAGACUCGAAUAAUCCCUCCGGCGAACCGUCCAAUGAAAAAGCGCAAUCGAUUCUGUUCCAAAAAAGCAAUUCGCUGCAGUCCUCCUCCAUUACUACAAUCGAGCAAAGUCCUUUGGACCCAUUGAAAGAUGCUGAGAACAUCAUCACCAGUGCCUCCAACAGCUUCAGUACUGAGGGCCUGAACGAGCCCAGAAGUAUCUCCAAGGACAGUGAAUCGCACAAAGGCCUCGAUGUGAGCGUGAACAGCGUUUACAACAGUGAACCCACAAAGUCUGGAAGAGUCACUUUAGUGGAAAAGUUCUCCGAUGAAAAGGCAGUCGAUGAACCACCGUUCAUUCAGACCUACGUAAAACCUUUGGAACAAGAGGCAAACUCUGAAAAGGGCGAUCUGCAAAAGGCAACCGAAAAGCCCAUGGAGGCAUCGACUGAAGAAAAUGAGGCCAAAGUGGAACAAGUGCAGUUUUUCUCAGCUCCGCUAGUGGCUGCGUUCACAGUGCACCAGGACGAAACGGGGCACCCGAACAAAGUGGAACCCAUUUACAAAAAUGAUAAUAACAUCCAGCCGCUUAUGGAGCCAGUAAAUUCAGUAGAGCUUAGCCCAGUGUUAAGUCGCAACAGCUUCAACAGCCUGAGCUUGCAACAGAAGCAGCAGCUGCUGGAGCAGGAGCUGCAGCAGCUGCGGGUGCAGCAACAACAGCUCUUCGCCAGAAAUAAUUUUGCAGCUGGUAGUCAGGUGCUGAGUCAGACUGGCUUCAACCAGGCAAUUAACCAAAACUUCAACCAGUUAGAUCCGGUCUUCACCGAGCCAGAUCGGUCGAUCGUUACAAAGUUGGCUUCUAUCGAUCCCAAUAAUUUGCUGGCAGAAACAGCCGAUCCCUUCUUAAGCAGAUUUAUGCCCAAUGAGGCGAUCGUCCCGGUGGUGAGCGCAGCCCAAUCAUUGGUCAAUUCUAAUGACCCAGUCGAUGUGUCGUUCACAUCCAGUAUCAGCUUCGAUCCGUUGGCUGAAGCAGGCAAACUUCCAGAAAAUGCCCAAAUUUUGCCCGUCAAAGAGCCCACGGGGUUUCACAAACUCCAAAGCUUUAUCCAGCCUAGCCAACCACUGAGUGGUAAAGAAGCGUCCUUAGGAGGCGGCAACUUUGCAACCAGCGCCUAUUUGAGGCAGGAAGCCGAAGCUGAAAACCAGAACCGUAUCUUGAGACAAGAACUGGGAACUGCUAAUUUGGGGUUCAACCAGAAUAGUUUUUCAAUUGUGCCGGCUCAGCAACCGGUUCCUCCUAAACACGAAUUGGGAUAUUUUCCCGAAAAUAGCCAGUUUCCGGGGCAAAAUGAGCUCAGGUCACAAAGUCUUCUAAACCAGCAGAACACGAGGUUGCUGACGAGCAACGCACAAGAAAAUCGUGGCGGAUUUUCGAAUGUGCCGACCAAUAACCGAUUUUUCCAGUCCAGUCAAAGUUUGGGCGUUCAACAGAGCGUUCAGCCCUUCGGAAGCCAACCUUUGAGCAGCAACUCCCCAAUUUCAGCGGGCAACAGUCAAAGAUUUUCGAACACCAAUCAGAACCCUGUUCGGCCCUUCAACCAGCCUCACCGGUUUACCCAAAACAAUAGGAUAUUGAGGUCCAAUGUGGACAGCACCUUUUUGGGCCGCCCUGUCUUCUUUCAGACGCCCGUGUUGCAGAGCUACAAGUACAGCAGACCGUUCGGGUUUUCCGCGCUUCGUUUACAUUGAGCGGACUUUUCUUAGAGCGAUUUGAACUUUUUUGCUGUUGAAAUACAAAGUUUGUUUGGCCAUAAUUGACUCGGUUACGAAUUGAAACCAUAAAAAGAGGACUUUGGUUUACUGUUUACAGCAAUACGUUUUUAGUCAUAUUAUUUAUAUUUUGCUAGAAUAAGUCAAUUUUGUAUAGCUGUAAGAUUAUUUAUACUCGUCAUAUACAGGGUGAUUCCAAAUUGGCGUCAUUCCUUUUAAGGGAUAAUAGAGGCUCACUUGGAGAGUACGAUAAAAAUACUGAAAAACUUAUUUUUCGAAAAUUUCUAGAAGCUCUUUGGCAAUGGUGUUUUUGUCUUGUAGAUAGCCUUCCUUUCACAAAAUGUAC